AAAGCAAAGAAGAAAGGAAAACAACAAGACGAAGAUGAAGAGAAUGAUGUUGAAAUGAAAGAGAGCACUGAAGUAGAAAAACAAGAAAAUGAAAAACAAGACAAAAAGUCUCAGAAGAAAGAACCUGUUGCUGAUGAUGAUGUCAGUGACAAUGAAGACGAAGGCCCAAAAGUUAAAACUGCCGCUCAAAAGAAAGCCGAGAAAAAAGAAAGAGAAAAAGAACGGAAAAGGGCAGAGGCAAAGGCCAGAAAGGAGAAGGAAGAAGCAAAAGCUCAGGCAGCACAAAAAAGAGAAGAAAAGGAACAAGAAAAAAACAAAACUGAAGAUUCAAAACCAAAGCCACAAACUGAAGUAAAAAAGGAAGACUCUACACCUGAUGCUGAGGUCAAAGGUGAAGCCCCAGAAGGGGAUGCAGAUGAUAAAGCUGAUGAUAAAACGAAAAAAGAUAAGAAGAAAAAAAAGAAGAAAGACAAAGCUGAGGAGGAGAAAACAAAGAAGAAACCUGGGAAAGGGCAAAUCAAAGCAAUGCAGGAUGCAUUGAAGCGCAUGAAGGAAGAGGAAGAGCGGUUGAAAGCUGAAGAAGAGGCAAGAAUCAAAGCUGAGGAAGAAGCCGAAAGGUUAAGGGAAGAAAAACUAAGACUGGAACAAGAAAAAAAAGAAAGGGAAAAACAAAAGAAAAAGGAUAAGAAAGCCAGACUUAAAGCUGAAGGGAAAUUCUUAACUGAAAAACAGAAAAAAGACAAAGCUCGAGCCGAGGCUACACUAGCUCUUCUCAGAGAACAGGGCUUAAUUAUUCCAAGUAGAGAAGAUGGCGCUGAGCCAAUCAGACGAGCUCCAAAGCCGGGAAGAAGGAGACCAAAAAAACAAGAUUCGGUUGAAGUUAAAGAUGACCAAGAUUCUACAGAGGCUCAAAAGGAGACAGAAGAGGAGGAACCUGAAACUAUAGAGGUGGAGAAAAAUAAAGAUGAUGAUGGAGAUGCUGUUGACAGAGAGGAGGAGGAAGACGAAGAAGAGGAAGAUGUGAAAGAUACAUGGGAGGAUAUUGAGUCAGAAGAGGAGCAAGUACAAGAAAAAGAAAAACCACAAAAGAAAUCUUCCACGUCUAGUGUGAAAGUGAAGGAUACUAAGCUGGUAGUGAUGGAUGAGAAGGAAAAACAGAGUAAAGAAGAUGACAAAGAGGAGGAUGACGAAGAAGAGGAGGAAGAGGAUGAGAGUGGUAGUGAAGAUGAAAGUGAUGAUGAGGACUCCGAGGAGGAAUCAGAAGAGGAGUCUGAAGAUGAGAGACCAGUGAAACGAGAUAGCAGGGAAACUGCUUUAGAUAGGAUAGCGAAACGACAAGAGAAAGCUGAGAAAAACCGAACAGUUGAUGACCUUAGGUCACCGGUUGUGGUAGUCCUGGGUCAUGUAGAUACGGGUAAAACGAAAAUCUUGGACAAGAUUCGCCAUACACAUGUACAAGAUGGUGAAGCUGGCGGUAUUACACAACAAAUUGGUGCUACAAACAUACCAGUGGAUGUCAUACGUGUACAAACUAAAAUGUGUAGAGAGUUUGCAAAGAAGGAAAUAAAAAUUCCUGGUCUGUUAGUGAUAGACACACCAGGCCACGAGUCGUUUAGCAAUCUCCGGUCUCGUGGAUCAUCACUUUGUGACAUAGCAAUUCUAGUUGUAGAUAUAAUGCAUGGACUAGAACCACAGACAAUUGAAUCAAUUAAUCUACUUAAGAAGCGGAAAACACCGUUUGUAGUAGCAUUAAAUAAGAUUGAUCGUCUUUUUGAAUGGAAAAGUAGUCCUCACACUGAUGUUUCAAACACAAUUAAAAAACAGAAGCCUAACACUAAAUUAGAAUUUGAUGAGAGAGUUCAGCAGGCCAUUACAGAGUUUGCUGAACAGGGACUGAAUGCUGCUUUGUUUUAUGAGAAUAAAGAUCCACGUACAUACAUAUCAUUUGUGCCAACUUCCGCUCAUACAGGAGAUGGUAUGGGUAAUCUAAUGGCAUUAAUUACAGAAUUCAGUCAGACACUACUGGCUAAGCGAUUGGCUUAUUCUGAUGAGCUGCAAUGUACCGUUUUAGAGGUUAAAAGUUUACCUGGUUUGGGCACAACAAUAGAUGUAGUGUUGGUCAAUGGCAAACUCCGAGAGAGUGAUACCAUUAUAGUAGCCGGGCAGGAAGGUCCUAUUGUAUCACAAGUUAGGGGGCUUCUUAUGCCAGAACCUCUCAAAGAACUUCGAGUUAAGAAUCCUUACAAUAAAUUUAAAGAAAUCAAAGCUGCUCAAGGUGUGAAGAUUCUUGCCAAAGAUUUGGAGAAAGCUGUUGCUGGGACACAACUGUUAGUAGCUGUACAGCAAGAUGAGAUAGAAAUAUGCAAGGAAGAAGUAGAAGCAGCUUUAGAAGACACAUUGAAAUCAUUUAAACUGUCUGACAGAGGAGUAUUAGUACAGGCAUCUACACUUGGAUCACUGGAAGCUUUAUUAGAAUUUCUCAGGACAUCCAAAAUACCUUAUGCUGGUAUUAAUAUAGGUCCUGUACAUAAAAGAGACAUCAUGAAAGCCAUGGUUAUGUUAGAGCAUGACACACAGUAUGCUGUACUUUUAGCGUUUGAUGUGAAAGUGGAAAGGGAAGCGCAAGAAAUGGCGGAGAAAGAAGGAGUCCGAAUCUUCCAAGCAGAUAUUAUUUACCAUUUAUUUGACAGUUUCAUGCGAUACAGAGAUGAAUUAAAGCAGAAAAAGCGAGAAGAAUUCAAACAUGUAGCCGUAUUUCCAUGUAAAAUUAGAAUAUUACCGCAGUUUAUAUUUAAUAGCCGUGAUCCUAUUGUGGUGGGAGUUGUGAUAGAGGCAGGAAUUGUAAAAGAAGGAACGCCUGUGUGUGUCCCGUCUAAAGAAUUUUUAGAUGUUGGCAUAGUUACAGGAGUUGAAAUGAAUCACAAGCAGCUAGAAAGCGCAAGAAAAGGACAGGAAGUGUGUAUAAAAAUAGCGCCUCUCCCUGGCGAUGCUCCAAAGAUGUUUGGUAGACAUUUUGAUCACACAGAUCUGCUUGUCAGCAAGAUUACUCGGCAGUCUAUAGAUGCUGUGAAAAACUGGUUCCGAGAAGACCUCCAAAAAAGUGACUGGCAGUUGAUGAUAGAACUUAAAAAAACUUUUGAAAUAAUAUGAACUUUGCUUUUUCAAUUGAACACUGGCUGUAACUCCGAUCUUACAGUUGCCGGAUUGUUUUAAUUGACCACAAUGAAUUGACUUCCACUAACUGUUGGUGCUAUUGCCAUGGAAACAAAGUUACAUCUGGCAGUAAACAAUGCAACUGAAAGUGGAAUCUUUUUACUUCAUCCAAUUGUAUAUCUCCCCAUGGCAUCAACAGUAUAUACAUUUUUGAAUGCCUUCAACUAUAAUACAAAUUUAGAUACCAAAGCAUCCACUUCAACAGUAGAGACACUAGCCUUAAAAACUAGCACAAGCUAGUAGAUACUAGUUUCCGAAUUCGGUAGCUUAAGUGGGCUUAUUGAUAGGGACUUUUGAUAGGGGUACUAUGAUUGUUCCCAAAAUACAGAAAAGGCAUCACUGAAUAAAACUACCCAUACCCAUAUGUAUU